CUGACAGCCAUCGAGGUAUGCUUCAACAGCGGCGACGACGAAACUAGGCUUGCCGUGACCGACAUCUUUGCGUACAUCGUCGAUUACAACGUCAGUGUCGUUCGGGAAUAUGCUUUAAGCGAAUCGAUGAAUAAUCAGAAAAGCCAGUUUUUCAACUUGGUCAUCGACCAGAUGUUUAACGAUCCUGACCCUGAGCUAGGAGCUGCUAUGCAGCUUGCCGGCGCGCUGAAAACGUUGGUGGACCCGGAGACGCUAAUCGCAACUGCUCAGAGCAAGUACGGGAAGAGCGAUUUUUUAUCGUACUUCUACAACCGGUGCAUGGACAACUUGUGCUCUCCUCUGCUCUCAGCUACUACCGAGGACAAGCUGGUCAAAGAUUGUUACCGUACGGCUAAUCUGCUUAGUCUUGUGCUGGAUCUGAUUUCGUUCGGUGUCGAGCGUCACUCGAGCUACAUGCGAAAUUUCAUUAUCUAUCGCGACUUGUUGAAGAGGGUGCUGUUGCUACUGAAAUCCCGGCAUUCAUUCCUUGCUCUUUGUGAGUAA